UAGGAGUCAGCCAAGAGUCAGUGAUAGGCAUAGACGUGUACAAGUAGGAGUCAGCCAAGAGUCAGUGAUAAGGAAGGUUGCUACGGGUACAUGUACCUGCCGGCAGCUACAGUUGCCGGCGUCAUGGCAACAGAAAACGCUGAGGAAGUAAAGCACCUGACUAUUCAGCCGGAGGUUACAUCGUCAACUGCCUCAUCUAUCUACAUCCGAUGGGCUUGGGAAGGCUUUCGUUCCGGCUAUCCCAAAAACUUUAUUGUACAUUACAACAGGGUGGCGAGCAGUUACGUCCAAAGCAGUGGUAUGUUGCCACCAACUACAGAGUCUUACGGGAUAAGGAAUCUUGUGGCCGACACAUACUAUAAGGUAGGUAAUAUCAUACAUAUCAAGGUUCUGUUUUAUAGUUUAGGCUCUAGGAGAACCUACAAGGUAAGAGCAUAAUAUAAUUGAAAAGUGGUCUUAGUGCACUAUACAAUGAUGUAGAAAAAUUAGUGAUUUAAUGUUAAACAAAUUUAUUAAUUUAAUUAUUAACACAUAACAAUUUCUUUUUAAUCUUAUAAUUCAUGUGUAAAAUUAUUCAUAAUGCAAAUGUAGGAACUAAAUUUGCCUUCAUCGAAAUGAGAAUUUAGAAUUUCCAUACCUUCAUAUUACCAUCUUAUUUUAUCAGAUUGUAAUUGUUAGUGUGCUCCACUGUAAUCAAGUAAUUGAACUAAUUACAUUCAGUCAAUCCGUUCUUCUACACAGGUCUGUGUGACGAUGUACCACAACGAAACAGAAAUCCCUCUCGAGGAAUGCAUUGAGGCUGCUACAACGAGCUGGCACAUUCCAGUCUCAAUAGGAUCAAGUAUUGGCGCAGUUCUCGCCCUCUCCAUCAUCGUCCUCAUAGUCCUGUUAUCCCGAUGCCCGAACCUCGUCCGGCAACCUCGCACCGCAGCCGCCGAAUCCAGCAAGUACGACUCCAUGUCAUCCCACUUCCCCGACGACCGUUACGAGAUGAGCGACACUACAACACACUGUCACGACCAUGACAGGGACGACGACGUCUUCUCUCAGAACAGCGAGGGUGACAGCCUCGCCGACUCAAAGUCGGCAUCAAGGCACAACCAUCACCACUCACCUCAAAGUCUCGCUGAGAGGGUUUGCAACGGGAACAAAAUACUCAACGGUAUUGGAAAGCCUUCCCGAGCUAAUAUCCCUCUGGGCCGUUGUGGGCGAACGUUGUCUCUGACUGAAAAACGCAACCAGCCGAGCCACCCAUAUCGCAUGAGACAAGCGAGACUUGCACAUAUGCACGCUCAUUUUCACUCCAUACAGUCAGAGCCUGGCAGCAUUCCCACGCGAGCAGCGCCGCGCAUUAGCAUUACAGACUUGCAGGCGUCCACCCAAAGUUCGGACUUUGCGUCUUCUCGUCAGAGCCAUCAUCACUCCAGCAUGCCUGGAAACAACCUCAAUAACGGAAAGGGCUCGCUGAACCACUGUGGCCAUUUCAAAGGGAUCGGGAAUAGGGACACGCCGAGGCUGGCGUCCAAGACUGACACGGCCACUUCUGCAUCAGAUCCUACGGUGGCGGAAACUGUAGGUAGCGCGUCAAGGGCAAAACCACCUGUUUUGAAAUAUAUUUCUAAAACCCUUCAUAUGAGCAUUGAUGGAGAUACCUUGGUUUGAGUGUAAGGAUUACGUUACUAUACGUUUGAUAAACUCCAUGGUUGUGUUAUGAAAUUGAAGAGUUACAUAUGUCAUAGACAAAAACGUUACUCAAUGUGUAUCAACAAAAGAGAAGUGAUGGGCUACAUCUGCACUAUUCCACAUGAAGCUACUUCUUUACACACCUCACCAUGCCACUUGGCGUCAUUAAUACAACUCGAUUCAGGAAAGUGGUCAUAAACUAGAUCACGCUUUCUUAACUUCUUUUGUUCCAAGGACCCUUUGCCAGUCAGAUGAAGGCUACGGACCCCAUUUUGCCAGUCAGAUGAAGACAACGGACCCCUUCUUACAAUAAGGUUUCAGAAAGAGGAUCCAGAAUGAUCAAUAACUUGAUCGUGGGCCCUCAAAAGAUAGAAGAGAAGAAGAAAACAUAAUUACCAGAAAAAGCAUCUCACGGAUCCCCUGACCACCGUUUUUCAGAGUCUGCGGAACAAAGGUUG